GGUUUUGGUCCAGUCGCCAUUUUCCGAUUCCUAUCGAAACAAACACAUUAUUGUGCGACUCUUACCGACACGGAUAACGAAUUGCUCGCAAUUACAGAAUGGCUUCUGCUGGUCUUCUGGCGCCUUGACCCUUGGCUUUCUCACUCCUAUAUUUCCACCGGCAAUUGCUCAACAGUCUCUGAAGUUUUCACAAUGCCAGUUUCAACACGUGCUUUACAACAGAUGGCAAUCUAUUUGGGGAUAGUUUCUGGAGGAGGAUGUGCAGCAAUGUAUUACCUUAUACAACAAACCUUCGCCAAGUCAGAAUAUUACAAGUUGGCAAUCGAAGAGCUCAAGAAAAAUGACAUAGCACUGGAUGCCUUGGGAGCCCCUCCUCUCCAGAUCAGAAAUAUCAAACUUACCAACAGAAACAACCGCGUGGAUGGAAUAAGUGCAAGGAUUAUAAUUCCAGUAUGUGGAAAUAAAUCAGCUGGUUAUCUCCACACCUAUUGUAUAAGGGACACUGUACAGAAAAGAUGGUUUCUACAAGAGGCCAUUUUACAAUUGCUCGAUGGCCAACACUUUUCAGUUUUCUCCGUGACCAAGGAUGAAGACCAAAGCUAAUAUAUGUGCAAUGCCUUUCAAAAGUGUUUUUUGGACUUAAUGAAAUGAACAGAGUCCUGGCGGUAACAGGAUGCCCAUUUCAUAUAUCUGUAAACUUCAAAAGGUGCUCACCUUCUGAUAUGUAAAAAAUAAUUUAAAAAUGAUUGGUGAAGAUUGAGCACUGGUUUAUCCAGAAAUUACCGUAAAAUUCUAAGAUUGGGUUUUCAACUUCAGUUUAAUGCAAAUAUCCUACUUGUCCAGCAAGACAUAUUCUUCUGGCAAUAAAUUUCAAUUCUGUAAAGUACAGGUUACCUUAAUUAAUAAACCCGACUAUAACAAACUCAAAA